AUGAGCCAACUGGCGGGCAAGUUGGGGGCAAUUUUCAAUGUCUUGCCCAUACCUGUCUUCGCAAUUGAUCUACAAGGUCGGGUAGUGGAAGCCAAUGCAGCAGCAGUGGAGAUCUGCGGGUUUAAGACCCAAGCUGAGUUGCUGCAGAAAGACUUUCUGCAAGCCCUCGUCGCCGAUGAGGACAAAGCAGAUGCUCGAGUCCGACUGAAGGAGGUCUUGGAAGGCCAUGGAAGUGGAGAGUCGCUGAAGGUUACAGCAGUGACUCGAACCGGCCGGAAGCAGGCAUGCCUGAAGGCUGCUACAACCCGCAGUGCAGCAGGAAAGCUCGACGGUGCAGUCAUAUGCGUCCAAGACAUGAGUGAGAUAAAGAUGCUGGCAGGUAGUGCGGCACAUGCUGACGGUGCGGAGCAUCUCUCUGGUGCGUUGUCUGCUACUGGAAUGGCUUUGUUCUGCAUCGACAAGGAGUGCAAGAUUGUUGAGUGGACACCGAAGAUGGAGAAGUUGACUGGAUACCUCGCCGGUCAGGCCAGCAAUCAAGAUGCGACCUUCUGUGCUCUCGCCAGCUCCCAAGCCAGCAUGAGGAAGGGGCUGGAGCAAGCGCUGCGUGGGCUGGACAUUCCUCGCUACAACAUCAGCAUAGAGCAUAGCAGUGGCCGGACGAAGGAUGCUUGGUUAAGUGUGGUCCCAUGGCGGUCAGCCACCGGCAGCAUCGUGGGGGCAGUUGCAAGCUUCCAAGAUGCGGAGGAGGUGGACCGGAGACUGGGUGAGGCAGACUGGAUUCGAACUGCCGUGGCGGAGCAACUGGACCGAGCCAAUGCGGCGAUUUUCUCCAUCGACUCCAAUCUGUGCAUCACCGAAUGGAAUUACAUUUUGGAAGACCGGAGCGGCAAAGAGAAAGAGAGCGUUGCUGGGGCAAAGUUACUGGAUCUGCUUGAGACGGAUUCGCGAAGCCGAGCGGAAGCAGCUGCCAAGACAGCCCUCGCCGGCGAGUUGGGCUCAACUCUACAGAUAUCUUUGAUGCCUGGGAUGGACAUGGUGGUGGGAUUUUCCCCACAAUUCAGCUUCACUGGCAAGGUCAUUGGUGCGCUGGCAGUUGGUCAGCUGCUGCCAUCUGGCGGUUCCACACGUGCGUCGCCACAGGAAGCUGGGACAUCCCACACUACGAAGGCCAUGAUUCUUCACGAGCUUCGCUCUCCUUUGCAUGGCAUCCUGGGUCUGGCAACCACGCUGUCACAGGACACUGGUCCUUUGCAGAAACCGCUUGGCAUGAUUGGUUUGAGCGCAGAGCGAGUCCUGAACUUGACUACCAACAUCAUUGAUUAUUGGAAUUUCUGCGACGAAGCGAAAAGAACUCCCGCGAGCAAGGAUGAGGUUGUGGAUUUGCUUGUGCUUGCAAAAGAGUGCAUCUCCAAGUGUGAAGCUUUCAAGGACAAGAAGGGCAAGCCCCUCAAGAAGGACCAGGUUCAAUUCACGAAGAACUUGCAAAGUGUGACCAUCUCCGGCGAUGCAUACCAGCUGACUCAGAUGAUGAUCCACAUCCUCACGAAUGCUUUCAAAUUCUCCUCAGAGGGAGAGGUGACCUUCACCGUUGAGAAGAACGAGGAGACCAAUUCUGCUGUGAUCACGGUUACAGACACAGGUGCUGGCAAAAAACCUGAGAAAAGGGAAGACUCAACCGAGAGCCGAAAACACGACGGCAUUGACGUUGGGCUGGCCUUGGUGCGGGAAGUAGUGCGGAUACACCAUGGGAGAUGCACCAUUGAGCCAAUGCCGGGCAAGGGCACGUCGGUGCAGGUGUUUCUUCCUUGCAGUCCACCCUCCGACCACGCGCCUGCUGACGGUACACAGGCCAUGCUGGAGCCCGUGAAGGUGCCACUGCCCGGCACGAAGCCUCGUGGACCUCCUUCAUCCUGGCUUGGCCCAAGCACGCAGAUUGGCAUGCAAAUCAAUGCAAGGCCAUCACCACCUAUGGAGGGAGGCACGCAAACUGCCUCAUCACUGCCAGCUUUGAAGGAUGGGCUGUCACCACCCAUCAACUUUCAGGACGAGGAAGAGGAUGGCCAAAAUCUUAUCAUGUCUGUUGACGAUGACUUCGUCAAUCAAGAGGUUAUGCGGUCCAUCUUGGAGCCUAGCGGAUUCCAGGUGAUUGCUUGCAUGAGUGGUUCUGAAUGCCUUCAAUACUUCGAUGAAGAAAACCCGCGUCCCCGGCUGCUCCUGUUGGAUCUGAUGAUGCCGGGGUUGAGUGGUUUUGACGUACUUCAAGCGCUACGCGACAAAUUUCAAUUCGGCGAGCUUCCUGUUGUGAUGGUGUCCGCCAAGAACCAAUCAAGCUCCGUGGUAAAGGGAUACGACCUGGGCUGUGCGGACUGGAUCCACAAACCAUUUUGCCGACAGGAGCUGAUUGCUAGAGUCAAGUCGCACUUGAAGAUACGUUCUACAAUUCUUGGUUACAGGAGGAGAUGGGCGCAAGUGCCAUCCCAGGAAUCGGGGGCUGCUCGACCCGUCAGCCUUUU